AUGGCCACCUCUUCCUUACUCCUCUUGCUUUCAUGCUUCAUACUAAACCUUGCAUCUUCAUCACAAGCUGCAGUCCUGAACAAGAUAGACUCAUGCAGGCUUGCCAAAUCCAAUUGGGCAUCAAAUCGCCAAGCCUUGGCUGAUUGUGCCAUUGGCUUUGGAAGUGAUGCCAUUGGAGGCAAAUAUGGAGCAAUAUAUCAAGUCACAGAUCCCUCUGAUGAUCCCAUAAAACCAAAAGCAGGCACACUUCGUCAUGCUGUGGUCCAAACACAACCCCUUUGGAUCAUUUUUGCCAAAGAUAUGACUAUUCAGCUCAAGAACGAGCUUAUCAUGAAUAGCUACAAGACCAUUGAUGGAAGAGGUGCUAAAGUGGAGAUUGCUAAUGGCCCCUGCAUUACAAUACAAGGUGUUAGCCAUAUUAUCAUACAUGGAAUUAGCAUCCAUGAUUGCAGACCAGGCAAAGCUGGCCUUGUAAUGAGCACCACGUCUCAUGUUGGUCAUCGCCUUGGCUCUGAUGGAGAUGCCAUUAGCAUAUUUGCCUCCUCAAAUGUUUGGAUUGAUCACUGUUUUUUGGCUCGUUGUGUUGAUGGCUUGAUUGACGUUAUUCAUGCCUCAACUGCGAUUACCAUUUCUAACAAUUACUUUACCCAGCAUGACAAAGUUAUGCUGCUAGGACACAGCGAUGAAUACACAGCAGAUAAAAUAAUGAAAGUAACAAUUGCCUUCAACCGAUUUGGUAGUGGUCUAAUUGAGAGGAUGCCAAGGGUGAGAUUUGGUUAUGCCCAUGUGGUGAACAACAAAUAUGAUGGGUGGAAGAUGUAUGCCAUAGGGGGGAGUUCUAACCCAACCAUUCUAAGUGAAGCAAACUACUAUGUAGCUCCGAAUAACCCUGCUUCAAAACAGGUUACCAAAAGGGAAAUGAAGGGAAAAUUGAAGAGUUGGAAAUGGAGGUCUUCUAAGGAUGCAUUCCUAAACGGUGCUUAUUUUGUUCCAUCAGGCUAUGGAAGUUGUGACCCAAACUAUCCACCUUCUCAAUCUUUUACUGCUGCACCUGCUUCAUUGGUGCCUUCUAUAACUCUAAACGCAGGUCCCCUAACUUGUGUUGUUGGUAAACCGUGCUAG